AUGCCAAAUAGCAUAGCGCAUACAGGAAUCCGCCCGUUUGUAGCUAUUUCGUUUUUAGCCUUAAUAACUGAGACUUUUGCUGCCUUUUUAUUCCUAAUCAUUCUACAGAAAGCAAUAGCAUUAAGAGCAAAUGGUUUUAUGUAUUAUCAGCUCAAACCUGUCGAUGAUAAGUUAGAUGAGAAUCAGGAAGACUUAUACGAUGAUUCCAAAAUCAAUUUUCACUUAAUCUCAGAAAUGUUUCUACCCAUUUAUCUACAAGUUGGAUUUGAUCUUCUGUGUCUGGUAUUAUUCGGUGUGUCUGAAAUAACGAAUGGCUUAUCUGGUAGUCAAAUUUUCGCAGUAGCUUUGCAUAGCAGGGCUGUUCUUCCUGGAUUUAUAUGGAUUGGUGCGAGUCUACUAAUUUUUAUGAGAAGAUUUCUUAACCGUUUUAUCCCUGUGCUAUCAUUAAUACCCUUGGUAAUAUUAAUUGUUACGGUUGUAUGUUGUUUGGUUGUUGGAAAUGCUAUUCAUAAUCCAAUUCAUAGCAGUUGGGAAUAUGGGGCCUCACCACUUUUAAUUGUACUAGCAUCAUUGGGUGGUACAGCAAGAUUAAUGCCUUAUUUAGUUAAUUUUAUUCAGUUUGAAAGGAAAAGUUUAAUUUAUUUCUACUUAUCCAUCAUUUUGGCACAAAUUACUACCACUGUACUGAAUAUUCUAUGGUGUUAUGCCGUUCUAUCAGUAGUUCCUCAAACCUGCAAUGAAAUCCCAUCUUCAUUUCUAAAUGAAAGCUUCACUACUGGCGAUCAGCAUUGCAAUUUAACACUAUUGUGGGCUCGAGACAAUGGAAUUAUUGCUACUACACCAUUAUCCUUAAUUUUAUAUCAAAAUUAUCCUCAAUUUCGAUGGGCUGCUGUUUUGGUUGUUCUUUUUGUGUUUAUGACCACAAUUAUAUCUUAUCUGACGGCAGGAUUACCAUUGAUGACCUUAAUUACUGGUAUAAAUGAAAGUUUUUGGAAGAAGUAUACAUCUUUAGUGCAGAAAACGCAAGAACAAAGUGAUGAAGAUUUAUUAACCAAUUCCGCCGCCGAGCGACAACGCGUUUGGAUGUGUUUGGCAUGUUGCUCUAAUGCAAAGAAUGGAAUAAGCUUAAAAACUGCGCACGUGCUUAUUUCUGUUCCUGUCAUCUGA